AAAAUGUUCAUUGGCGGCCUUAACUGGGAUACAACAGAUGAGGGUCUGAGAAACUACUUUGCGCAGUUCGGCAAGGUCGACGCAUGCACGAUCAUGCGUGAUCCCGACGGCAGGUCGAGGGGCUUUGCGUUCCUCACGUUCGACGAUGCAGAGGCCGUGUCUGCCGUGGUUGCCAAGGACCAUCAUAUCCUCGAUGGCAAAGCUAUCGAUCCCAAGCGUGCGAUUCCGCGUGAGGAGCAUCUGCGGAAUACGCGUUACUUUGUCGGUGGCCUGUCGCCGGUGACGACGGCGGACUCGAUGCGCGCGUUUUUUUCGGCGUUUGGCAAGGUCGUCGAUGCGACUGUGAUGGUCGACCGCGAGUCGGGCCGCUCGAAGGGUUUUGGGUUUGUUACGUUUGAAGAUGCGGGCAACUCUGCUUCGUUUGUCGGCAAACUGGGGCUCGUCUUGGAUGAUAAGGAGGUACGUGUUCUGAGAUCUAGCCGCGUUUCAGCCGUUUAA